UCAUUUUUAGAGACAAUUGUGUAGUUUGAACGAUGAUCCAAUUCGCAAACAAUUUUUUACCGAUCUAUUCAAUUUCAUGGCCAGACGCGGUACACCGAUCAAUCAGAUACCGAUCGUAGCCAAUUCGAUAUUGGAUCUUUAUCAUUUAUUUCAACACGUGGUAAAACGUGGCGGUUUGGUUCAGGUAAUAAAGAAAAAACGUUGGAUGAAUAUCAUAAAGGAACUCAAUCUGCAUACUAAAUCACAUAACUGUGCUUUAACUUUGCGCAACCAGUACAUUAAAUAUCUUUACGACUAUGAAUGCUAUAGGCUCCAAUUAUCGAACAAAAUUCAACUCUUCGCGAUAAUCGAUCAUGAUCUUCGAAAAAAUAAUAAAUCUGAUGAAAAUAUAGAUCCAAUGAAAUCAAUCAUAGAGAAAUUAUUAGAACAGGAACCAAAAGAAUCACCAUCACCUACAUCUUUUUUGACAGAGCUAUCGAGACAAUCGCCGCAUACACAAUUAUCUAAUCAUUCUAAUCAUCUAAUGCAAGAAUCGAAUUCAAAGCUCCCUGAUAUUGAAACAAUCAUAGACGAAUAUUUAUCGAUAAUAACUAAAAAAAAAUAUAAAAAUGCUAAAAUACCAUCGCAAAUAUCAUCGAAAAUAUCAUCGAAUAUAACAGAAAUUUCUGAACAAAAAAAGUCUGUUACAAAAACAUCCAAUGAUUUACGAAAUGAGACAUCGUCGACGUUACAAACGUCAAAGAGCCAAUUAAAAUUAAGAUUAAAAAAACAACGAUACAAUUCGGAGGAACAAACAAAGGCUAUAAAUCUUAAAUCAUCAUCGUCAUCUGAAUGCUCAUUGUCAUCUAACAACAGUGGUAUUCCAUCGACUAGUAAGAAUGUCAAAUUAAAACGACCAUCCCUUAAAAGACCAUUCGACGAAAAUAGCACUACUACCGAACAAAGUCUUACAACAUCAACCCCAACUCGCAUCAAUAUAAUCAGUCGAGGAAACGAAAAAGAGACCAUAUUUGUCUGUCUUGAAUUACAUGGUGUAACUUACCAAGGUGUCCUAUUUGCAAGAAACAAUUCGACCAAGACAUCAAUGACAUCGAUCAAUGAACGAUAAUGACGAAGAUUAAUGCGAUUAAUAAUAAUAUAAAUAUUGACAUAUAUGUAAUAAUAAAAAAAAAAAAAAUAAGAAUUAUAAUAAUGUAAAUAUCACAAUAAUAUGUGAAUAAUA